AUGGAUUAUUCACAUUCAGAAAAUAGUAAUCCUAAUGAGUCCGGCUUAUUUGAAGAGGACCACUCCUUCGCCAAGCCCACCGCUGCGCAGCAUCCCUCAAACGGAUUUUUGAGUUUAGAAAACAGUCAUAGCAUCGAGGCUAGCAACGACAGCCUGACGAGCGUCUCGAAAAUCGAACCAAAGGACCCUUCCAACGUGGUUGUUCUUUUUGAUAAAACAAAGGCGGGUCUUCAGAAAGUUGAUAACGUUAAAACGGAACUUAUUAUACGCAAAUACUCUUCAGGCUCUUUGUACUAUAAAAACGAAGAGCGGAAGGCCUUUUUACGUGCGCAAAGGGUAGAAGCCAUGUUAGAAAAGAAAAAAAUUUACGAAGCGAAUAUCACCACGGAUCCUGCAAAGAUGCGGAUGGUGUGCCGACAGGUGGAGAUGAUGGAGCAGGAGCUGGAAAAAGAGCGUUUCUUCGACCGGGUCUUCGCGCACAUCGACAUGGAUAUGUUCUACGCCGCCGUAGAGGCGAAGAAGAACCCGCAGCUGCGGGAGGUCCCCUUUGGCGUCGGCUCGUUGCAGAUGCUCUCGACGACGAAUUACAUCGCGCGGCAGUACGGCGUCCGCUCUGGGAUGCCGGGCUUCAUUGGCCGAAAGCUCUGCCCCGAGCUGGUGAUCGUACCGGUGGAUUUUGAAAGCUACAAGGCCGAAGCGGCGGUGGUGCGGGGGAUCGUCGCGGAGUACGACCCCGACUUCCACGCCUUUGGGCUGGAUGAGCAGCGGCUGGAUUUGACGGAUUACCUCCGGGCGAAUUUUCCCGAUGCCGGGGGAAGUUUAGCCGCGCGGUAUGACGUCGCCGGGCGCGUGAUGACGGAGUGUCGGCGGCGGGUUUUCGAGGCAACGGGGCUGACGGCGAGCGCCGGCCUCGGGCCGACCCCUACCCUCGCAAAAAUGGCCUCCAACCUCGACAAACCCAACGGCCAACACCCCCUCCCGUUGGCCUCGCGGGAGGCGGUGAUGGAUUUCAUGCGACCCCUCCCCUGCCGGGAGGUGCCGGGGAUCGGGAAGUCCUUUGAUGCCACCCUGCGAGGCCUCGGCAUCCACACCGUGGGGGAGAUCUACAACCAACGGCAUUGGCUGAGCUACAUCUUUACCCCUAAGACGUUCUGCUUUUUGCUUUCCGCCGCGCUCGGCAUCGGGAGCUUCAUGGGAACCGCCUACGGCGAUUUUCACGCGGAUAAGGACCCCAGUAGCAGUCCCCGGGCGGAUUGCAAGUCUGUCGGGAACGAAUGCACCUUUCAGCACCUCACGAGUCGUCAAGAGUUGGAGCGGGUUGCGUAUGAUCUCCUUCAGCAUGUGGUGCGCCGAUUGAAAGGAAAGGGGCUGAUCUCCGGGCGAGUCGUGCUCACGGUGAAGGACAUCGAAUUUCAGGUCAAGCAGUAUGGUAGAGGCCUGCCAUCCCACACGGACGAUGAGGCCAUAAUCCGUCGCACGUUAGAUGAUCUUUUAUCACCUGUUCUAGCAAACUUUAUGAACUACCGUUUGCUUGGUGUGCGACUUGAAAAGCUGAUCCCGAGCUGCGAAUUGGAGCGGCCACUGGAGAGCAGAGGCGGCGGCCAAGCCACACUCGAUCGAUUUUUCAACAAGGAAAGGGAGAAACGAGGCCGCGAGGAGACGCCGCUGGACGAUGAUGAUUCUGUGGAAGAGGAAGGGGCUUUGCCUCAAAGAACGAACCGAAUCUACGCCUCCCACGUCCGAGGUCGAACCGACGACUGCCAUGUUGAUAAUGGAACGCGAGCCACUAGUUUGUCGUCGGCAUCGGAUGUCGUCUUCAUCGAUUCCCCAUCUCGCAGUCCCUCAACAGCAGGGGAAGCCACUCCCCACUUGACGGUUUCGUCGUCACCUGUGGUGAUGUCAUUUCAUGAGUUAGCAUCGGUAUCACCUCCCUUGGAAGCGCAAUUUGCAAACACGGAGAAAAGUGACUCGCCGAGUGUAGAAGAUGAAGUGUCGAAUUCGAAUUACCAAGAUGAUGUGAUCAUUGUCGAAUGA